AUGGAAACGCCCAAGACACGAAUCCCGAUGGCAACACUCAAAGGCCCGCCGCCCCGCUCCAUCCUCCUAUUACCAGCUAAUGGAAAAAACGUCGGGCGAAAAGGAAAAGAGACAACAGCGCUCGUCCCAAACAGCAAAGUCAGUCGUCUAUACUCAAAGCGCCGAUACAGUGGGCUCGAUGAGCGGCCGGAGGAAAAAGGC